GAUGCAGCCACACCACGCGCAAUAUUGAAGACGGCCCUCGAAUUUUGUUGCAUUGCUGACUCUGACCCAAGACUUCUUCUGCGCAGUUGCUUGUCGCGCCCUCUUAGGCCAUGGCUGCGACGACCCGAGCGCUCACGCCAACGCUGAACGGCCCCUUCAGCGCGCCCAACAGGCCCAGCACCCCAGGUUCUGCUUCGCGCGGAAAUGGUGGCGCUACCUUUGGAACACACCUUGUCAAGUCUCCGCGCGGACUGUCCCCCAGGCUGUCGCCAGCACCCCUUACGGGCGCCGCUGCGAUGGCCGACGAGCGUCGCUACAGAGAGCACAACUCGCGCCAGACAAGCCCGAAUCCGGCUGUGACGAUUCUUCAGAACCUGCAGGGCAACGGCCAAUCCCACGCAUCAGAUGCGCCGCAUGCACACCCACCCCAGGCCGACAAGGCCGCCAAGCCGUCGAUUAUCAUUCCGGAACUCACUGGAGUCACGGGCGACAACAUGCAGACGAGCCCUGUCAGUCUCUCCAGCUUCGGCGACGGGGAAGGAACCGCUGCGCCGGCCACGUCUGCAGUUGAAGCAUCCGCAGGACCUACGGGACAUGCGGGAUCACACGAGGGUGCGCACCAUCGACCUCAGCACCAACCGCACCAUCACCAGCACCAGUUAAUUGCACCCAACCCUGACAACCCGGGGAAUCGCGCCUUCACGUUCCCAGGGCCGAUGCCUCCGGACGACCCACGUGCUCCUGCGCGCCAGAUGAGUCUGCCAGGGUACGGCCAGAACAACCCCAAGUCGCCAUCCACCAAACGCCACAAGUGCCCUUACUGCUCGACUGACUUCACGCGACACCACAACCUCAAGAGUCACUUGUUGACGCACAGUCAAGAGAAGCCCUAUGAGUGUCCCACAUGCCAAGCACGCUUUCGGCGUCUGCACGAUCUGAAACGACACACGAAACUACACACUGGUGAGCGUCCACACACCUGCUUCAAGUGUGGCCGCAGGUUCGCUCGUGGCGAUGCACUCGCGCGACACAACAAGGGCCAGGGUGGCUGUGCAGGCCGCCGGUCCAGCUUCGGCAUCGAUGAGGAUAUGGAUGGCAAGGGCGAUGAUGGCAUGGAUGGCGUCGUCUAUACUAACGAGCCUGAUGGAGAGGGCGACGAAGACGAAGAUGGCCGCCGCAUCAGUGAGCCCUCGCGUAAGAGGCAAAACACUGGAAACUCUGCGCAAGGUUCGUAUCGUCACCACUCCAGCACGUACCCGCCAAUCCACCCAUCCAAUCAAGGCACGAGCAGUCAGAACAACCUUCGCCCAUACUACCCGGCGCAAGCAUCUCAGCCCACUAACAUGUCGCCAAAACUAGCGCCUUCGAGUAUAUCGUCUCUGCACAAUGCGAACCAGCCUAGCGCAUUUGCUCAAGGAGGCAUGACGGAAAGCCCAAAGCCCAUCUCACCGAGCCAGCAAGACCACUACCGUCUGGGAGCGCAUGAAGGCAGCCACCCACGGUCGCCGAACAUGUCGCAGCAGAUGCACCUGCAGAACUACGCUCGGGGUGCUGGUGCGGCUCGAGGCACGCCCCCAACUCUGCUGCCCCCAAACAUCAGCAAUGGACCUCAUCUCCCGUCGCUGGCGGGGCUGACUGGCAUGGCUAAGCCCGGCUCACAGAGCAGCAAGGGCCCGAGCAUGCUGCAGCACCAGCAGAUAGCCGGACCGGGGAACAUGUCGCAGCCUGGCAGCAUGUCGAGUCACGGUGGCAGCGGCAGCAGCAUGCGCGAGGUCAUGGGUAACAACAUGGACGUGUGGCAGUACGUGCGCGAGAUUGAAGCGCGCAUGGCGAGGAUGGAGAAGGAGCACAAUGAGAAGAUUGCGACUCUGCAGACGGAGAUUACGACGCUGCGGGCGCAGCUUGCGCAGCAGCACGUCAACAAGAUGCAGCCGCAGCAGGGCCACUGAAGACGGUGCACGGCACAGGGUUGUGAUGCAGGAUGGGUAAUGGAGGGGGGAGGUUCGAGGAUUAUGGUUCAACAGUACAUAUGAUAGCCUGUCUUCACGGACUAGGAAACGCGUCUCUCGGCCCACGGGCGAAGACAUUACGACCAAGGAGUCUGGAGUGCGGGCAGGAUCAAGCCUGAGGAUUUGGAGGGGAGCAAGUUAAGCAAGUUUUCUGAAUAUGGGCAGGGGCGGCGGGCAACAGGUGUACAUUAUCUCUUUCGUUGGGUGGUUCUAGUGGUGGCGACGAGGGAAAUUGGCAGGCCGCAUGGCAGUUGGGGUUCUCACAUGGCCGCUCUACAGGGUAGAGUGGAGCAGCAGGAUAUGGUGUGCGUGAGCAGAUGCUUAGAUACCCAAUCACCCACUUUUCUCGUAUGAAGUUUGGAAUGGUAGUGGCUGUGCUGUGGUGGUGGUGGUGGUGGUGAUACACAGUACGUA